AGUUGGCAUUUUUUUUUUUAAGUAAAUGAAAAUUUGAAACUAUAAUCUACAAGAAACAAAAUUCUUUUCAAACUUAAUUAUGCGUGCAUUUCCUGCUUCUUUAGCCUCAGUUUCCCCCAACAUCUAUGUUCUAACACACGAGGAAACCUUUUCCAAACUUGACCCCACCUGCCUUCCUUCCACCUUAUCCCAUCUCUCUCUGUUCUUUUGUAGCUUUAUGCGUAAGUGUCCAUCCAUGAAUUUAUUUCCUUUUUGUGUUUUUCUCUCUUCCACCUGUAGGAGAGCAAGAGUCCCCAUUAACCAAGCAUCCCUCAGGAGCAAAUCCGUAUUUCCUUCUCCUGCAGUUCUCCUGCCCAAAGCACAGGGCACUGAUGUAUUCUGGCUGCUUGGCCUAUGUCUCCAGCUUUUUGACCUGGAAUUUAUCGAUGAAGGCAGAGAACCACACAGUAGUGAGUGAAUUUGUUUUCCAGGGUUUUUCCAGCUUUCAUGAACACAAGCUCACCCUCUUUGUGGUAUUUCUUACCUUGUACCUUUUCACCCUGGCUAGCAAUGUCACCAUUGUGACCACAAUCAGCAUUGACCGCCGCCUUCACACCCCCAUGUACUUCUUUUUCACUGUGCUUUCCACGUCAGAGACCUUGUACACAUUGGUCACUGUGCCUCGGAUGCUCUGUAACCUCAUAGGCCUGAACCAGCCCAUCUCCUUGGCAGGCUGUGCCACCCAGAUGUUCUUCUUCAUCACUCUGGCCAUCAACAACUGCUUCCUGCUCACAGCCAUGGGGUAUGACCGCUACGUGGCCAUCUGCCACCCCCUGAGGUACAGGGUCAUCAUGAACAAGCGAGUGUGUGCCCAGCUGGUGUGGGGGGCCUGCAGCGUUGGCCUGCUCAUGGCUGUCAUUCAGAUUUCCUCUGUGUUCAGGCUACCCUUUUGUGACAGAGAGGUGGCCCAUUAUUUCUGUGACAUCCGCCCGGUUAUGAAGCUCUCCUGUGCUGACACCGCUGUACAUGACAUAAUUAACUUCAUCAUCAGCUCGCUGGUUAUCGUGGUGCCCAUGGGUCUGGUCCUCAUCUCCUACAUCUUCAUCAUCUCCACCAUCUUCAAGAUCGCCUCAGCCGAGGGCCGGAAGAAGGCUUUUGCAACGUGCGCCUCCCACCUCAGUGUGGUCAUCGUCCACUACGGCUGUGCCUCCAUCGCCUACCUCAGGCCCAAGUCAGACAACAUGAGGGAUCAGGACCAGCUGAUCUCAGUGACUUACACCGUUUUCACUCCUCUGCUUAAUCCUGUGGUGUACACUCUAGCAAUGUCACCAUUGUGACCACAAUCAGCAUUGACCGCUGCCUUCACACCCCCAUGUACUUCUUUUUCACUGUGCUUUCCACGUCAGAGACCUUGUAAGCAAGAGGGUAGCUGAUUCUUUCCACUGUGCUAAUGGCAGAAAAGUGGGCUGCAUAGCACCUGUUGGAAGUGACGGGUUGAAAGAUCAACCUAAAUGUCAGGUGGAUAUUGAGCUCUGAACUUUCAAAGAGAACAUGGUUGGUGGACAGGAUGUGUCGAAAGCACAGUCAAAACCACCUUUCUUACUUAUCAUCACUUUCUCCUUUGGGCAGCAACAAGAGUAACGGAUUCUGACAUUCCAGAUGAAAUUUUAUCAGCUUAAAACAUUCUCACCUGCCUUGAAGACCCAUGAAAUUUUGUUCUUCCCAAUUUUGUCAAAGCUCCCAUUAGAACUGAUUCCUUGGCGAGUUUUGCAUAUUCACACACUAGUAAGCAACUUGUCACAUCCAGCAAGUGAGUUUCACUACGGUUAGACAUGCUUCCUGUGGGGGGAAUGCAUAUGCUAUAAUGUAUUCGUUCACAAGUGUAGGGGUAUCUGAAGAUCUUUUUAGAAAGUAAAUGUAUUGGUCCUGCCUCCCAACUAACUCUGACUGUCCCAGAUGUGGAAAUUAGCCCGUGAUUUUCAUUCAGUCUCCACGUGGAGCCUGAGCUGACAUCUGUGUCUUGCCUUGGCCCGCUUCAUUUCUACGUUGAUGAACUCAUUUUCUGUGAACCGUUGGAUGCCUGGUUUAAACUCUGAGUUUAAGCCUUUGUCUAAAGGAGAGUCUGGGCGUCUACCAAUUCCUACUGUCUUUGCCCCCUGAAGGGGAAAACUGUAUUGAGUUGUGAGAAAGUUUUAAGAAUUUAGGAUUAUUUGACCUGGAGUUAAAAAGAGACAGAACUUUCCAAAUGUCUUUCCAAA